GUCCCAACCUGCUGUCACCUCCAGGUGCGCCCCACACCUGCGCUCUGGGCGCUCCUGCUAGCGCUGCUGGGAGCCAAGCUAGGCCAAGCUCCUCCUCACACCUGCAGUGUGCCUGAGCUGCUGCACCACUACCGGGCCAUCAUUGCAGAGGACCUACAGGCUGCUGUGAGGAGGGGCGUGGAGCCUGGUACCCGGCGCCCCCAUGCCGCUCAGAGAAACCCAGCCUCAAGGCCAGGGCGAUCCUGGGCCUCCUGCAGCGACCAGGAGGAGCACAGCAUUCUCCUGUCGAUUGCUUCUCUGGGCCGGGCCCUGCGCGGAGCUGUGGCCGUGGGUCACCGUGGUACCCUGGAGACAGCAGCAUGGACCGUGGCAGUGCGCACGGAAGCCGUGAUGAGGCGCCAUUGCGGGCUCCUGCGCCAGCAGCACCCACGGCCCCAGGUGCGUGUCCCGCGGCGCCGCGGUAGCCAAAGGCAGCUCCUUCUGCGCGCGCUGGAUGCCGUCGCCACCUGCUGGGAGAAGCUCUUUGCGCUGCGCGCCGCAGUCUGGCCUACCGGUCCUGCGCCCUGUGGAGGACUAAGGGGUCCGCGACGCAGUCUGGAGCAGCCUUUGGGCCCCUCUCCCAGGCGCCCAGUAAAACCUCAUUAAACACA